CAUCACUACUUACUAAUCAAUGAACCGCUGUUCGUGACGACUGUGAUUUUGAUGGAAUUUUGUUUUAUCUCAUAAAAUCCCUCCAAAAUGAAUUGAGUUGACUAAACUUUCGUGUAUUUAAACAAAAUGGUUAUUUUGUAACACGGACAGCUAAUUUUAAACUCAUUACUUAAGUGAUAGAGGUUAAGUGUGUCUUGAAGAAAUUCAGUCAUUGUAAAAGUUAUUUUUUACUAAAUAAACAUGAAUAGUGAAAAGAGAAAUACACGCGGAAGGGGCCGUGGCCGGGGCCGAGGCCGUGGUCGAGGCAGAGGUAGGGGUAGAGGCAAAAAAGUUCCUAAAGUAAUGUCAAGUGAUGAAGAGGAAUGCUCCGUGGAAGAAACUACUCAAGAACAGGAAGAAACCGUCGUUGAAGAGCCUAAAGAGGAGCCUGAACCUACUGAACCAGCUAAAUUGGAAGUACCAUCAGACAUAUCUCAGCUGGAAGCUCCAGUGUUUACAACUCUACAGCGAGGGCCUCCGGAGCCCAUGCUCAGGUUGGACUGGAGUCACCGAGCCACACUCAUUGGGGAGAAGGUCCUCAACCCUAUGAUCUACUGCUGUGAUAUAUGUUCUAAACCUAUACUCAUUUAUGGACGAAUGAUUCCAUGCAAGCAUGUGUUUUGUUUAUCCUGUGCCAGAGCUGAACAUACACACUGCCCUAGAUGUAGAGAAAAGGUCUUACGAGUAGAACAAACAGGAUUAGGAACAGUAUUCAUGUGUACACAUUCUGGUACAAGAUAUGGCAACACAGGUUGCAGGAGAACAUAUUUAUCACAGAGAGAUCUUCAAGCGCAUAUCAACCAUAGGCAUGUGUCUUCUGGAGCAGUGGAAAGCAAGCCUGAGCCUGAACCACCAACUAACACUGUUGCUAUUGUGAAGCCUUUGACUCAACUUCCACCGACUGCCGGAGAUCCCCGCGGUCACGGCGGACACGGCCACGCUCCUUCUGGCGAACGACCCCGUGCAAGAACCAAUCUCAUCACCGUUCCCAUACAAGAUCAGACCGAGUCACACGCCUAUUAUAAUUAUUAUCCUCCUCCGCAGCCCGUGCCGCCGCCGUCGCUGCCGCCGGUGUCGUCGGUGCCCGUCCUGGCGCACACCAUGAGCGUGCCGCCGCCCACCUACUACGCCACCGCGCCGCCAUACUCUGCUCCUCCGACUUAUGUACCUCCUGCAGGCAACAUGGCAACAAAUGUGGCAGUAUCACCAAUGUCAUCAACAGUUCCUAUGGGAUCAGUGAACACCAUCGGCGAGGGAGCUCGCUGGGGAGAGAGUUACCAGCAACCCUCGGUGCCAGUACAGCAGUGGCCGCCACAGAACCCACACCAUUACUAUAGGUAGCCCCUGUAUAAACGCCGCUAUUCGUGGCGUGAUCGCGAGUGACGUGCUUAUUGACUACAGUGCGCUAUAGAAACUCGUGAGGAUAAACAAGACACUAUAUUGGACUUCAAUUGUACUGUUGGGACACUGUUGGGGCCUAAAUAACGGCAAAAUGUGUGUAAAAAGAUACUGUCAGUAUUGUAUAAUAAAUGCUGCAUUUUGCAGUUAUCACCAGUGAUAACAGUGUUAUACAACAAAUAUUAUAUAGUGCCUCGAUAGUGUCACCGCCUACAGUAGCUAAAAUUUUUACUUCAUAAACAUUUUAAACUGCAAAUUGUGUAAUUAUAAAAUACAGAACUGGGCAACUAAAAUGAGAUGGACAGAAACUAAGGGAAAGAAGUUUAAUCAAUCUUAUCUUGUCGCAAUUUCCUUUGGUUCCCAACAACGGUAGAAGCAAUUUCACUAAUUUGUAAUCCCAAAACUUGAAUCACAGAAUGAAAAGGGGGAAGUAAGGCCAAUGCGUGCAUUGGUGCAUGCAGGGUCGACGGGCCGCUUGUUUAUCGUAGAAACUUAUUUGUCUUGUCCCUAAGUUUUUAUUCAUCUUGUUUUGUAGUAUUAGCUAAUAUAAAUUGUUUUAUCACAUUGAGGGCCUGUUUCACUAAUCUCUAAUAAAAUAUCAAUUAAGUGCCAAAUCGUGUUGGUUAGACAAACAGCAACUUAUUACUAAAUAAUUGUGAAACAAGCCCUAAGUGAUAUAAUACUCCCAUAAUGAAGAUGAAAGAAAUAGUCACAAGAAUUCCUAUAUUGUAUUUGUAUAAGAUUUGUUUUUUCAAUGGAGUAGUAUUUUUUAUUUUCUUUUUUUACUUCACAUAGUAAGACUUACUCAAGAUUCUGUAUAUUAGAUUAAAAUAUAUGUAAUGUUAAUUAUAUUUACUUCUUUAUUUAGGGUAUUGUUGUACCCUAGAUUGCCACUUACUGGCUAAAUACUGUUAUUUUAUUGUAAAGUGCAAUGUUACAACUUUCACUAUAUUUAUGCCAGAUAUAGUUAUAAGCAGUGCCUUUAUGUAAAUCUGCAUAAUCUGGUAUGUAUUGGCAGAAUUUUAGGUAGUCCUAUGUACAUAGUAUAUAUUUACUCCUCUUGUAUCUCAAUAAAAUGUAUAAUUCCUUGUUCUAUAUAUGAUCUGACUUAAAGAACUUCAAAAUUUUGUAAGGAAUUCGGAGAAAAUACAAUAAAAAAUCUUAACUAAGUGA